AUGCCGAAGGAAGUCAAGCAGAAGUCUGGUCUCAUCGUUGGCCUCAACGCCGGCCACAAGGUCACCCCCAGGACCCCCGCUCCCAGGAUCUCGAGGAGGAAGGGUUUCCUCUCCAAGCGCACUGCGUUUGUCCGUGAGAUCACCAAGGAGGUUGCUGGUCUUGCCCCAUACGAGAAGCGCAUCAUCGAAUUGCUUCGCAACUCCAAGGACAAGCGUGCCCGCCGUCUAGCGAAGAAGAGGCUCGGUACCUUCGGUCGCUCAAAGAGAAAGGUCGACGAGAUGACCAAGGUCAUCGCCGAGUCGAGGCGCGCUGGUCACUAA